CAGUCCAAGGGCAGGAGGCAAGCAGUGUCCCCUGGGAAUGCAUCUACUGGGGAAAAGACCCUGAUCCUGAUCCCUAGCACAUUUUGGCUCCUUAGAUUUUCAGGAGUCUCCUGGCCUGAGUCGGGGUGGCAGGUUGAGAGUCAUGACCACUCUCACCCCGGAAAACAGUCUCUCAGUGAUGAGAUCAGCCUCCUUCAUCUUGGGGAAAAACAAGUCACCAGUUGACAAAUGCGAAUGGAACAGCUACUUUGAUGAAAAUGGCCAUUUGGCCAUGUCUCGGGAUUUCAUUUCCACUAAUAUCCUGGAGAGAGGCCUGCAUCCAUUUGUGAGAGCAGAAGCAUGGAAGUUCCUGACUGGCUACUAUUCCUGGAGGAGUUCCUACGAAGACAGAUUGGUGGUUGACAGCAUGAGGAGGAAGAACUACGAGUCCUUAUGUGAAAUGUACGAGAAGAUCCAGCCUCUGCUGGAGAAUGUGCACCGGAACUUCAUGGAAACCCGGAAUGUAAUUGCCUGUGAUAUCCAGAGACUGUACAGUAAGGACCACCAUGGCAAUGUCAUCGUGGACAAGAAGCGUCUGGAAAAGAUCCUGCUGCUCAGUUACAUUUGCAACGUGGAAGCCGAGUACCAGCAAGGAUUCCAUGAGAUGGUCAUGCUUUUUCAGCUCAUGGUGGAACAUGACCAUGAGAUCUUCUGGCUGUUUCAGUUCUUCCUGCAGAAGACGGAGCACAGCUGUGUCAUCAACAUUGGGGUUGGGAAGAACCUGGAGAUGCUGAAUGAACUGAUUACCUUCCUGGACCCCAUCUUUGCAGAGCAUCUGAAAGGAAAGGGUGCUGGAGCUGUUCAGUCCCUGUUCCCCUGGUUCUGUCUCUUCUUCCAGCGAGCAUUCAAAACCUUUGAUGAUGUUUGGAGACUCUGGGAGGUCUUGCUGACUGGAAAGCCCUGCAGAAACUUCCAGGUGCUCGUGGCCUACAGUAUGCUGCAGAUGGUCCGGGGUCAGGUUCUUCGGGAGAGCAUGGUCGGAGAUGAUAUUCUCAUGGCUUGCAACAACCUCAUCGACCUUGAAGCGGACGAGUUGAUCUCUGCAGCCUGCAUGGUUUAUGCAGACCUCAUUCAGAGAAAGGUUCCAAAGGUUUUGAAGGAGUUCUUCACUUAAGGAGCCAGGAGGCCCCAGAGAACAGAAGGCAGGAUUGGGGUGGGAUCAAUAAACAAGCAAUGAACAAGAA